UGGGAGAGCCAGAGUGUAUCAGAGGAAUCCUCAUAGACGCUGCCAAACAUCUGCAAUCACUCAAGUUUGGAAUCUGGAAAAAGAUGGCAGACAUUGUCCAAUGGGUCCCCAUAACCCUGGACCCCAACACAGCCCAGUCCAACCUCAGCUUCUCUAAGGAGUUCAGCAGCGUGAAGUACAGCAGAAAGAAGCUCCUGCCAGACAACCCCGAGCGCCUUACUAGCCGCAUCUCUGUCCUGGGAGCUACAGGAUUCACCUCCGGAAGACACAGCUGGACCGUAGAGGUGGGCCAGAGCAGAGACUGGUACAUCGGAGUCGCCCGAGAGUCCAUCAAACGCAAGUCCACCAUCUUCCUCAACCCUGCUGAGGGAUUCUGGGUAAUCGGGUUGUGUAACGGGGAGACGUACUGGGCCCAGACGUCCCCGCGGACGCGCCUGGAGGUGAAGAGAGAGAGGAAGCCGUGGAGAAUCACUAUAGAGCUGGACUACGACCGAGGGAAGGUGCUGUUUCUGAACACAGUAGACUCAACGCUGAUACACGUGUUCAAAGAGAAGUUCACUGAGAGGAUCUUUCCUUAUUUUGCUCCUGGGAUGUAUGAUGAGGGAAACACCUCCAGUCCCCUGACCAUCUGUCCCCUGACUAUAUCUAUAGAGGUACUGAACCAGAUUAUACUACCAUAACACCUCCCGUAACCCUGACCAUCUGUCCCCUGACUAUAUCUAUAGAGGUACUGGACCAGAUUAUAAUACCAUAACACCUCCAGUCCCCUGACCAUCUGUCCCCUGACCAUCUGUCCCCUGACUAUAUCUAUAGAGGUACUGGACCAGAUUAUAAUACCAUAACACCUCCCGUCCCCUCAACAUCUGUCCCCUGACCAUCUGUCCCCUGACCAUCUGUCCCCUGACCAUCUGUCCCCUGACUAUAUCUAUAGAGGUACUGAACCAGAUUAUAAUACCAUAACACCUCCCGUCCCCUGACCAUCUGUCCCCUGACCAUCUGUCCUCUGACUAGCCAUUUGUAAUCACCAUCACUCUUCAGUACUCAAGUGUGCAAAAGAUGAAUAGUCAACCAUAUUAUAAUUAUAGCCAUUGAUAAAGGUCAGAGGUCAGAAAAUGUUUAGUAGCAAACCAGCUAGUGGAUCUUGUGUAUUUGUGACCAUGCGUGUUUAUAAUAAACUUUGUGUACUUAUAGAAUGUACCUGUAUAUGCUGUAUUUAUAGAAGAUACCCGUAUAUGCUGUACUUAUAGAAGAUACCCGUAUAUGCUGUACUUAUAGAAGAUACCCGUAUAUGCUGUACUUAUAGAAGAUACCCGUAUAUGCUGUACUUAUAGAAGAUACCCGUAUAUGCUGUACUUAUAGAAGAUACCCGUAUAUGCUGUACUUAUCGAAGAUACCCGUAUAUGAUGUACUUAUAGAAGGUACCCUGAUAUGUUGUACUUAUAGAAGAUACCCGUAU